AUGGAACUAACACUGCCACUCAGAGGUCCUGCUAAGGGCUACAUCGAAGGCCUUGAGCACCGCCUCCAUGAAGCGGAAUCGCUCCUUCUCGCCCUGCUACCCAUCAUCUCCACCGAACAACUAAAAUGCGCCACCGAUUCUCUCACUUCCAGCCCCUCAACAACUAAUCUCAAUAUGCUUGGUCUCAAAACCCGUGACUCGCCCUCCCCUGGUCCUCACACAAUGAGAAGUAGUCCCCCGGUCUUGAAUAAGAAGACUGGGAUUGAAUACUGGGAACAAUUCCCUCUUGACAGCGUUGAUAACAUCCGCAAAUGGCAAGAGGACUGCGCCUUACAUUCCGGUUCCAAUGUGCAAAGUCAGUCUUCUUUCCGCAACUCCAUCGACGACGGCCAUGCCCAUAAUCCCCUCCACUCCUUGAACGCGGCGAGUCAUUCGCGCCCCGGAUCGGUCGAUCUCUCUCGUCACGGACAUGGUCAUGCUCAGUCAGGCGCUUUCCGGUCGAUGAGCACAGAUUCGUACCGCAGCGGCGCAAGCACCCCCGUGAAUGUACCUCAACAUUCGCUUUCACAAACAAAUCUUCCUACAACCUCAAACGCCCAGCAACAACAAACAGGCCACAGCCAAACAUCGACCCCCAAUUGGCAAUCUCUGUCCUCAUUUUUAUCCAACACUAGCUCGCCCAAUAACAACACAUCAAGUCCCAAUGUCAAUGGUGUGGGAAUCGGUGCCGAGGCUCUCUUGUUACAGAGCUUCGCGGACUCAAGCUGGGCACAGGCUCAGACCUUAAACAACGGUAUGGGAAUGACCGGUAUGGGGAAUGCCAUGGCCGUGGAGAGCGGACCGAUGGAGGUCGACACAGGGUUUUUCACGAAUGAUAUGCAGAGAAGAUUGUUUUGGUGA